AUGAACUUGGAAGAGGCCGGUGCCCAACGAAAGUUGGAUUUGCAAGAGUUCGAGGAGAUCCGAAACGAAGCGUAUGAAAACGCUUUAAUUUAUAAGGAGAGAAGUCGGGCAUUUCAUGAUCAGCAAAUUUCUAGAAAAACAUUUGAAGUUGGUCUGAAGGUCCUCUUGUACCAAUCCAGGCUCAAGCUAUUUCCAGUUGAAAUCCAGAGUGCUAAAUCAGACAAUAAGUUUGUAGUGAAUGGACACCGUCUCAAACAUUAUUACGAAAGUUUUUCAAGUGGAGAAGUGCAGACAAUAAGUCUAGACGCACCACCGUGUCCUAAUCAGUGA